AUGAUAUUCACAUACGGUGAGAAGUAUGACACUUGGCGGUUUCAUGGGGUAGUCAGCUGGGAGCAGUAUUCGGCCGUGAUAAAUGCCACCAUCGAAUUCGGUAUCGGCUGGACCUCGGACUGUGAAAUGCCACUCGAAGAGAUUGUCCUGAAUUUCGAAACGAUAUUGCUUGAUUGGAUUUUCGACAGGCUUCCAGGCAAGCAAAAUAAAGGUGCUCCUAGCCGUAUCGAUAGCAAGAAACAUGGCAACAAGAAGUCGGCUAUUGUUUAA